UAACGGAGCGGAGCGGCCGCGGCGCGCCGCCUCCCGCCCUCCGCGAGUGGCGCCGGAGCCGCCGCCGCUUUACGUAAGGCGCAGGCCAGGGCCGCCCGGCGCUCGGCAGCCGCUCGGAGCCCUCGGAGCGAGAGGAGGCGCCGCCGCCGGCCGUCGCGCCGCUCGGCAGACAGCCCCUGAAAGAAGCCACCUUCUCUCAGGGUAUCAUCUUCACUUUCCAAAUGGUGAAGCUGUGACUCAGCGGACUCAAGAAAGUUCCCUGAGGUUCCAGAUGCUACACGGCUGAGCAGAAGCCCAGGUGUCUGUCCUCACAGCCUGAAGUCCAUGUUCUUUCCCUGCCCUCGUCCUAGAGACGAAAGGAAUCCGUGGUCAAGUUGGGCCACCUUAGAGCAGAAAGUAAUUCUCAGAAAGACAAGCUGGGUGCAGGCCGUUGCUGCGAAUGCGUCUUUCGUCAUCUCCCUGGAGGCCUGGACAGCCCUGCCGGGUUCUGCCCGAGACUUACAUUUGGCCUCAAUGUGCAAUUAAAGCAGGAAGUCGCACCUCCAUGUGUGUUGCUGUCAUGAUGCUGAUUCAUUCACUGGCCGUGCCUGAGGAGGGAAAUGCUGCUCUAGACGGAUGACGGCCAGCACAGCUCCAUGCUUCUCCUAGAUGCCCAGCUUCUCUCCUUCUCACUGGAGUGAAAAAUCCCCUCCAGAUACAACACAACAUCCGCUCCAGAAAAUGCUUCGCCUUCUAAGGAUGUCAGCAACCUAAAUUCAUGCGCCCUGUCUGUCCAGUUGUUGUGGGUGGUUUACCAUCUGAAGGCUCCUCCAGCUCUGACCCAGACCCGGGAUCUGUUUCUGAAAUGUCUCUGCUUCAUGCUUUGGGUCCAGUGCAGACCUGGCUGGGACAAGAGCUAGAGAAAUGUGGCAUCGAUGCCAUGAUUUACACUCGUUACGUCCUCAGUCUGCUGCUGCAUGACAGCUGCGACUACGACCUGCAGGAACAGGAGAAUGACAUCUUCCUGGGCUGGGAAAAAGGAGCUUAUAAGAAAUGGGGAAAGAGUAAGAAAAAGUGCUCAGAUCUAACUCUAGAAGAAAUGAAAAAACAGGCUGCUGUCCAGUGUCUUCGAUCUGCUUCUGAUGAAAGCUCUGGCAUUGAGACGUUAGUGGAGGAGCUGUGCUCCCGACUGAAGGACCUUCAGAGCAAGCAAGAAGAGAAGAUUCACAAAAAGUUAGAGGGGUCCCCCUCUCCAGAAGCAGAAUUAUCCCCGACAGCAAAGGAUCAAGUGGAAAUGUACUACGAAGCAUUCCCGCCCCUUUCGGAGAAACCAGUUUGCCUGCAGGAGACCAUGACCGUGUGGAACAAGUCCAAAGCCUGUUCUUACUCCAGCUCGUCGUCGUCAUCCACAGCGCCCCCCGCGAGCACAGACACAUCCUCCCCCAAGGACUGCAACAGCGAAGGCGAGGUCGGCAAGGAGCGAAGUGGCGACAUGUCCACCACCACACACGAGAAAGCCCAGAGUAGAAGUCACAAAGAGAAGGAGAGCAAAUUCAGCAACGGCACAAGUGAAGAAAAGCCUGCCCUGUACAAAAAGCAAAUCCGACACAAAGCCGAAGGGAAGGUUCGCCCUCGCUCCUGGUCCUCUGGCUCCAGUGAAGCAGGCUCCAGCUCAAGCGGCAAUCAGGGGGAGUCAAAGGCACCCCUGAAGUGUGUGCAGGCGAGACACAAGACACGCGAAAUCCGGAACAGGAAGGGGCGGAACGGGCAGAGCAGGCUUUCACUGAAGCAUGGCGAAAGGGCCGAGCGCCACGCUCACGCCGGGAGCAGCAGCAGCGGCAGCAGCAGUUCUGUCGGUCAGCUGUGCAAGCGGGGUAAGCGCCCAUUCAAGGAGAUGGGAAGGAAGGAGGCUGGGCGCACUGAGGGGAGAGACCUGUACCCGGAGAGCAGGGCCGACACAGAGUACAAAGAGGAGCCGCUGUGGUACACCGAGCCCAUCACUGAGUAUUUCGUUCCUCUGAGCAGGAAAAGCAAGCUGGAGACCACGUACCGAAACAGACAAGACGCACGCGACCUGACGGCAGGGGCGGUGGAGGAAUUGUCUGAUUCCGUGCAUGGUCUUUGUAUCAGCAACAAUAAUAUUCAUAAAACAUACCUCGCAGCAGGUACUUUCAUUGAUGGUCAUUUUGUAGAAAUGCCUGCGGUUAUCAAUGAGGGGCUUGACCUUACUGGGACCUCACUCUGUUCUCUCCCGGAGGACAACAGCUACUUGGAUGAUAUUCAUCUGUCAGAAUUAACCCACUUCUAUGAAGUGGAUAUUGAUCAAUCCAUGUUGGAUCCUGGUGCCUCAGAAACGAUGCAAGGAGAAAGUCGGAUUUUGAAUAUGAUUCGACAAAAAAGCAAAGAGCAAACGGAUUUUGAGGCAGAAUGUUGCAUAGUGUUAGAUGGGGUGGAGUUGCAAGGGGAACGUGCAAUGUGGACGGAGUCUCCCAGCUCCGUGGGCGCCGAGGGCUUGUUCCUCCAGGGCCUCGGCAGCCUGGCUCAGUUCUGGGAGUGCUGUUCGUCCAGCUCUGGCGAUGCCGAUGGGGAGAGCUUUGGGGGAGAUUCUCCGAGCCGACUCUCGCCCCUCCUAGACAGCACGGCGCUCAACCCGCAUUUGCUCGCUGGCAAUCAAGAGCUCUUUUCAGAUAUUAAUGAAGGAUCUGGUAUAAACUCUUGUUUUUCAGUGUUUGAAGUGCAAUGCAGUAAUUCUGUUUUACCAUUUUCUUUUGAAACACUCAGCUUGGGAAAUGAAAAUACAGAUUCUAGUGCUAACGUGCUUGGGAAAACACAGUCUAGAUUGCUAAUAUGGACCAAAAAUAGUGCCUUUGAAGAAAAUGAACACUGUUCUAAUCUUUCAACAAGAACUUGUAGCCCGUGGUCCCAUUCAGAAGAAACGCGUUCGGAUAACGAGACAUUAAGUAUUCAGUUUGAAGAACCCACGCAGUUUAAUGCAGAAGAUAUUAAUUAUGUAGUUCCUAGAGUCUCGUCAAAUUAUGUAGAUGAAGAACUUCUAGAUUUUUUGCAAGAUGAAACUUGCCAGCAAAACAGUAGAACUUUAGGAGAAAUUCCUGCGUUAGUUUUCAAAAAAAAAUCUAAACUAGAAUCUGUCUGUGGUAUUCCGCUUGAACAAAAAACAGAAAACAAAACCUUUGAAACUACACAAGCGUGUCGUGAAAGCAGCCCGCACGGAGAUGGCUACAGCUCAGGGGUUAUUAAAGACAUUUGGACAAAGAUGGCAGAUGGAAAUUCUGUAGUGAUGGGAGACGUAGAAAGAGUCGAUGAUGAGUUGUUUUCACCAGAUGUAAAUAACUACUGCUGCUGUCUGGAUGCCGAAGCGCAAAUGGAGCCCCUCCAGGAGCCCAGCAAGGCAGUGCAGAGGUCAGAGUAUCAUCUGUGGGAGGGGCGUAAGGAGAACCUGGAGAAACGGGCUUUUGUUUCCGGUGAGCCCUCAAAGGUGGACGGUGGUGAUUAUACUACACCCUCUAAGCCUUGGGAUGUGGCCCAGGAGAAGGAGAACGCCUUCAUUCUUGGAGGUGUUUACGGAGAACUCAAGAGCUUCAGUAGCGAUGGGGAAUGGGCCGUUGUCCCGCCCAGUCACACAAAAGGAAGUUUGUUACAGUGUGCGGCUUCUGACGUGGUGACGAUAGCUGGGACAGAUGUCUUCAUGACCCCAGGAAACAGCUUUGCCCCUGGUCACAGGCAGUUAUGGAAACCCUUUGUGUCAUUUGAACAGAAUGACCAGCCGAAGAGUGGGGAAAAUGGGUUAAAUAAGGGAUUUUCUUUUAUCUUCCAUGAAGACUUAUUAGGAGCGUGUGGUAACUUUCAAGUUGAAGACCCUGGGCUUGAAUAUUCAUUCUCUUCCUUUGACUUACGCAAUCCAUUUUCCCAAGUUCUUCACGUAGAAUGUUCAUUUGAACCCGAAGGGAUUGCAUCCUUCAGCCCUAGUUUUAAACCGAAAUCGAUCCUCUGCUCUGAUUCAGACAGUGAAGUUUUUCACCCCAGGAUAUGUGGCGUUGACAGGACACAGUACAGGGCGAUUCGGAUCUCUCCUAGGACUCACUUUCGCCCAAUUUCUGCCUCUGAACUGUCCCCAGGAGGAGGAAGCGAGUCGGAGUUCGAGUCUGAGAAAGAUGAAGCAAAUAUUCCCAUUCCUUCUCAAGUCGACGCAUUUGAAGAUCCACAGGCAGAUCUCAAACCACUGGAAGAAGAUGCCGAGAAAGAAGGCCAUUACUAUGGAAAAUCAGAGCUGGAGUCUGGAAAGUUCCUUCCCAGGUUAAAAAAAUCCGGGAUGGAGAAGAGCGCUCAGACAUCCCUGGAUUCCCAGGAGGAGUCCGCUGGGCUUCUGCCAGGUGGAAAGCAGGAUCAGUGUUUGGAAUGUAGCAUGAGCCAGUCUCUGGAAAUCAAUUUAGAAAGCUCAGAAGCAAAUUGUAAAAUAAUGGCACAAUGUGAGGAAGAAAUUAAUAAUUUUUGCAGUUGCAAAGCAGGUUGUCAGUUCCCUGCUUAUGAAGAUAAUCCAGUCUCUUCGGGUCAGCUGGAGGAGAUUGGGAAGAAAGAAAAAGAGGAAAGAAGCGAGAGUCUGCAUCAUACCACUACCAUGUUCCUUCACUUCCUAUUUCCUGUAUUGGAUACUGAUGUACAAGGAAUGACUAGAAGUCAAGAAAAACAGACCUGGUGGGAAAAAGCUUUGUACUCUCCUCUUUUUCCUGCAUCAGAGUGUGAAGAAUGUUAUACAAAUGCCAAGGGAGAGAAUGAUAUAGAAGAAUAUCCAGAUGCUAAAGAAAUACCCAGUAAUGAAGAGCGUCUGUUAGAUUUUAAUAGGGUGUCUUCUGUUUAUGAAGCGAGAUGUACAGGAGAGAGGAAUUCUGGAGCGAACGCAAACGGCUCCCGCAGAAUGCUGGGCUCCAGCGCCAGCUCGGGCUCCGAAGACACCGGCUCCGAGGGCGGCAGCGAGUGGGCAGACCCCGGCGAGGAGGAGCUCUUUUCUCGAACUCAUCUCUAACCCUGCAGUAGUACAAGUUCUUUUUAAAAACAAAAUGUGAUGGAAAUGUACCCUUUUGUGAGGCCUGUUCAUCUAAAACAACAAACUUAGGUUUCUUCUCAAUUAACUGAUUCAGAUCAGUAAAUAUCUUUCUCUUCUUGCUUAUUUUAGAGUUGAGGACAGCUAUCCUGUUGAAGAUUUUUUUCCCAAGCUGUUAAAUUCUUGGCUAUUUGAAAUAGACUAGAUUGUGUUGUCAAAUCAAGAAUGGGUGUGCAUGUGCUUGUCUUAGAAGUAUCACUGCUUUUUGCAUCUUAACUGCAGUCAUUUCCCUUCUAACUGCAGUCAGGUCAUAUUACCUGAUUAGCAUUGCAGUGUCAGCAACCACUUCCGCUAUGCAGAGACUUGAGCUUUGGAACACGUAGGCUUUGUUCUCUAGGAACUGGGAUACUUCCCCCUGCAGUGGAUCAGCGCCUUCCUGAAGGCGAGAGGGAAGCCGGGUGGCUCAUCCGAGGUCUUCAUUCAGUAAAAUCUCACGUGUGUCGGAAGUAGGACCCCCCAAGGGUGUGCGUUCAGAGACUUACAAAAUACUGUGUUUUCUAUCUUAGGAGUUUCCCCCUAAAGUAUCAUGGAAGAUACUAUGGUUUGUGACUUCACUGCUAACUGAAGAAGCCAAGGAUUUGGGGUGUGGAGGAGAAUAGGCUCGGUGCGGGGAGAGUGCACCCCCAGCCUGUUCUUAUGUUGCUGUUAUAUUUGCACCAAAACUCCUUUCAGGGUUAUUUGUGGCAACUCUUACAAUACUUAGUGAGGAUCUUAGUUGCAAAUUAGGGUUCUUCUGGUGACCCACAAUGAAUUGAAGCCCCUCAAACUCGAAAUUGUAAACAUUUGACAUGCAAUAAAGUCCACCUCAUCACCCCAAAGAAACCUUGGCUGCUGCAGCUAGCUGCUCUUGUGUUUGUGAUUUAGCCUAGCUUAGAUCUCAUUUUGUGCUUGAGAGAAUGUUCUGGGCAAGUUCUGUGUGUGGUGGGUUGGGGCGGGUAGUGAUGAUUUCUCCCACACCUGUGUGAUUGCCUCAUGGGACUCACUUCCCAGUUUAUUGGGACCCCAGGGGCCAGCGCAUCUUGUACAAGUCCUGUCCAUCCAUGACGAUCACCUCCUCAAGCUUGCACGCCGCGUGCAGCAGCUUGAAGUUCGGAGGAGCAAUAUUUGCAAAGCCUACACGUUGUAAAUUGUGUUUCUUUUUUAACCGACUCUCAUUUUUGAAAAAACACCUAAUGUGUGAAAUCAGUUUAGCAUGCCUGUGGCAUCAGGAACAGCAGGGGCCUAACAUGGACAAGACAGCUUCACCACUGAUUUUGGGCAGGCAGGUAACACCUCGAGCUCACCAGCUGGGAGCUGACCUGGCUGAGAAAUACGCGAUUUGCUUUGAGCGUUGGGUUUUGUUGCCUUUUUCUUAGUUGAUGACACAGAAAACUCCCCGAGGCUGUGGAGUUCUCCCGGGUUCUGUGCGUCUUCACUGUGAGAAACCUGAUGGACCGUUGGGUUGGAUCUCAUCACACGUCAGGGUUUGUUUUUAUACAGCACAGCUUUUGACACUUUAAAGUGGGUUUGUGUGCGUGUGUGUGUGUGUGUGUGUGUGUGUGUGUGUGUGUGUGGUGCGCGCGCACGUAUGUAAGAUUUUAUGUUGCUGUUAUUUAUUUACAGACUUUAUAAGGUUUUAUGUAUUUUUCUUUCUUCCGGAGCUUCCUAAAAAAUUGAUUAGCAUCUGCACUGAAAUAUAAUUUAACAGCAAAAGCAAAAAAGAAUUGGAAGGUGUAAAUUCCUAAAAUCACUACAGUGACGAUCAUCCUAGAAAUCGUUGCUAUGUAGCAGAGACCAAAUAAAUAUAUCUCAGACACAACCUUUAGCUCAGCUGACUUGGGACAGCUGCUUUUCAUCAAGCCAGGGCUCCAGGUGGUAGAAGCGCAGACUUCCUCUCACACUGGCGGGAAGAUAAGUGCACCUCCCACGGGGGAAUGGGGAUGGAUCACAGAUGGGCGAGGGGUUAACAGAUUAUGUAUUUAUUUGUUUUCAUAGCUAAGUGGCCGAGGCCCAGAGGCUUUUGGCGACAGAGUUGAAAGUGUGAUUUUUAGUUUUGUGAAUGGAUGAUCACAAAGAAAAAGCAUUUUUUAAAAAGUUGGCAAAACGCUGAACCGCACUGUGGUAUGAAGCGCAUUGCGUAUCCAUAGCACUCAAGUGUCAGUUUCCACUCCUAGGCUGAGAUUUUUUUUCCCGUGGUUGUAUUGUUCUGAUUUCACGUACACCAGAGUAACUGAUUUUUUGUUUUCUUGUGGAGUUAACACCAAAUAAAAAAUUUAAAAACCA